AACAUGCCGACCGAAGGGGGGAGUGGGUCUGCCGCGGGACGCGUGCGCAAAAGGGCAUCGGAAGCCUGUACCUUUUGCCGCCGAAGAAAGAUCAAAUGCAGUUCAGAGCGACCAAUGUGUGCCAAUUGUAAAACGCAUGGUAUGCCGACGUGCACCUAUGAGCCGAUUGAAGAUGCUCCUCGCGCCCGCCCUAACAAGGCUCGCCGUGUAGAGCGUGCUGCUUCGGAUGCUGCCACUGUCGCUGUCUCUACAUCCAGUCCCACAGUCCCCGAUCGUGAUGUCGAACGUGAGAUUGGCCGCGACGUCGUGCCUGCAACGCCCCAAAGUGUGUCGCGUAUCGUUGUUGGUGCCAAUGGCUCCUCUAGCUACCAUGGGCGAACCAGUACCUUGUUCGAUGAGACUGCGCAUGAUCGAGCUGCGGUGGAAGCGCGUGCUCAAAUGCCCGAAGAAUGGAUCGAGAAAGGUCUCGUUGCUGAAGCUGCGCGCCAGCGACAACUCGAGGAAGUCAAUUUUCGCCUCGGAAAGCUGGACUUUGAUGGUGUAGAACCAGAGUUGGGCAUGCAUCUGCUGUCGCUUCACUGGAAUCGACAGCAUCACUCGUUUCUUACCACAUAUCGCCCUGCAUUCAUGCGCGAUAUGGCUUGCGGCGGACCGUACUUCUCCAAGCUGCUCUUGAAUGCCAUUUACUUUGGCGCAUCCAAAUUCAGUCCACGCCAUGAAGUGCGACGCACGACAGAUGACGUUCGCACGGCGGGAUGGCAAUUUCGCCAAAGAGUGCGUGAUUUACUGGGCGAAGCUCUGGAUAAGAGCGAAGUCACCACCAUUCAAGCUCUACUAGUGAUGACGAAUUCGUUGUUUGCUCUCGGCGACGAACGCAGUGCCGCAUGGCUGUACGCAGGCCUAGCAUUUAGAAUGAUUGUUGACCUAGGGAUGCAUGUGGAUACCGUAGACGUCGCAUCUACUCGCAAAUUUACUGAUGAAGAUUACGAGAUUCGAAGACGCGUCUUCUGGGCCGCCUUUGUUGUCGAUAAAGUGCAGAGUUUGUAUCAAGGUCGCCCAGUCAGCAUCAAAGAGUCCGACACCUUCGUACCCAUGAAAUUUCUCGAUACAUAUGAGGAGCUUGAGCAUUGGGCGCCGUUCGCAUUUUCCUCGCAGUCUAGUGCUUCGUACAUGGGCUGCCCUGCAUACAGUAUAUCUACAUUUGGAUGUCUAUGCAAGCUUUCGGUUAUCUUGAGUGAUAUACUCAGCACCAUAUACACCGAAAGAAGUUUCGACGCAAACCCCGGAGAGCUUUCCUCCAAGUUAGAGGGACUGCAUCUCAAACUAACAAAAUGGCAUAGCCUCCUACCACAACACCUGGCCGUUGACAUGAAGAAACAGACAAUCACACCACCUCCACACGUCCUAAGCCUUCAUGCCCUGUACAACGUUCUGAUGAUCCUAUUGCAUCGUCCGUUUGUUGCCGAUGGACAUUUGUACAACACCUCACGGACCAUAUCUGUCAACUCCUUCAUGGCAUGCGCUACAGCUGCCGAUCAUAUUGUGCAGAUCCUGCGCGCAUACGACAAGGUCUUUAGUGUUCGCAGGGCACCUUAUCUAAUCUCUUAUGCGACUUAUGUUGCUGCUACGAUUCAUGCUCGCAUCGCCGCAAAACGAGGGCCUGGCUCGCCUGCUCACAGUAGCUUAGAAACCUGUCUCGCAGUGUUUCGCGAGAACCAGGAGACCAACUGGGCUGUACGACGCGCAAAUGCUAUUGUCCAGAGUUUGAUAAAGAGAUUAGGAGUUGUUGUUCCCACUCCAGACAGAACACACAUCGAGGUGGAAGCAAACGAUCAUAGCCAACAUAGCACGCCAGAUACCACUUCCAGUAGAUCCAUGGGACGCGAACCCGGCUUGCAAAAUCUCGACAUCGAUGCUAUUAUACAGAGCUUUGUCCGGGAACAAGAAAAUUCGCAGAUAGCUCAAGCUAAUGCACCCAGUCGCUUUCCUUCCGAUGCACCCCCUCUCCAACAGCCCUGGCCUUAUCCUUCCACGAGUAUGCCGGACAUGUCGUCGAUUCCAGGGAUGCAAGACGAGAAUCCACAUAACUACGAUAGCAACAGCAACUGGCUUGAGCACGGUCAACAGCAAUCGUUUGGCGAAAUGCCAGUUUCUGUGGACGAUUUGCUUUACGGCCUGAAUGGUUCUGCCUUGGACAGUCUGCCCGUUUUCGACUGGGAGAAUAUGUGAC